CUCUCCCAAGAAUUCACUUGGGCGGGCAUCCAGCACUUUGAUUAUAUUUUAACGAAGACAUUAAGUCAAACAUUUCUCCUCGUCCGGGUAUUGGUUUUCCACGGCCAUUAGAAUCAUUUGUUUAAUGACACCUGUGGUGCAUAAUAAGUAGAACCCGAUACCCAAGAAAGAGGGUGGAAUUUGUAUUGGAAGUCACCCGUGGACUCGUGCAUAUGCGAUGAAGCUCGGGAUGCUGCUGCCCCCUCGUGCGCAACUCAGCUGACCAAUCUCUGCCGAUCAUUGCGUUGGCAUUCACUAAAUGAGGAUGCACUGUAUGUCGAGUGUUGCUAGAGAGUGAGCGAGCUGAGAACCUUUAAUACUGUGUUUUGGUUGGGUUUCCAUUUUGCUAUUGAUUGCAAGCUACGGGUCUGUCAGUUGUCCGCGUCGCAAAGAUACAUGGUGUCGACCGGCGUCUUAGUCGUGAGCAGUGCCCGCUCAAGUUGAGUUUUUUGCCGGUGCCCUCCCUAAGAAGUCUGCACAAGCAGUGGACACCGGAUUGACAGACAACCUGGCUGGACGAUAUGAAGGAGAAGAGUAAGAAUGCGGCGAGAACGCGCAGGGAGAAGGAAAAUGCAGAAUUUUAUGAGCUGGCGAAGUUGUUGCCGUUGCCAUCGGCUAUCACGAGCCAGCUUGAUAAAGCCUCUAUCAUCCGAUUGUCUACGAGCUACUUAAAGAUGCGGACGGUGUUCCCCGAAGGUCUUGGCGACGCAUGGGGACGAAGAAUACCUCCGAAAAAUCCAUUAGAAAAAGAUCUGGGAUCGCAUUUGUUACAGACUCUGGAUGGCUUUAUUUUCGUGGUGGCGCCGGAUGGGAAGAUAAUGUAUAUUUCAGAGACGGCCUCCGUACAUCUCGGACUAUCUCAGGUGGAGCUGACAGGGAACAGUAUUUAUGAAUACAUUCAUCCGGCUGACCAUGAUGAAAUGACAGCCAUCUUGACUUUCCAUCAGCCUUAUCACCCCCAUAUGGUCCCAGAAUUUGAAAUAGAGCGAGCCUUUUUCCUACGGAUGAAGUGUGUUCUGGCCAAAAGAAAUGCGGGCUUAACGUCAGGCGGCUACAAGGUGAUUCAUUGUAGCGGUUACCUGAAAAUCAAACAAUUGACACUGGACAUAGCGCCUUACGAUGCGUGCUAUCAGAACGUGGGCCUGGUGGCUGUCGGUCACUCCCUUCCGCCCAGUGCUAUCACAGAGAUUAAAAUGUACAGCAAUAUGUUCAUGUUCCGCGCCAGUCUGGAUCUGAAACUCAUUUUCCUGGACGCCAGGGUUGCACGACUAACUGGUUACGAGCCUCAAGACCUGAUUGAGAAAACCAUGUACCAUUAUAUUCACGCCUGUGAUAUAUUACAUAUGCGAUACGCUCACCAUACAUUGCUCCUAAAAGGGCAGGUAACCACAAAAUACUACCGAUUCCUGGCCAAGGAUGGAGGCUGGAUCUGGAUGCAGAGUUACGCAACCAUCGUCCACAAUAGUCGCUCGUCCAGACCGCAUUGUAUCGUCAGCGUAAAUUACGUAUUAAGCGAAGUGGAAGCAAAGGAUUUACAGCUACAAGUAGAACAAACUUUGAACAAAAACGACGCUUCUGGCACAGGAGGCUCGGAGCGUCCAAAGUCGGGAAAGAGUAAAAACAGUAAAUCAAAGAGCGCGAGACGCUCUCCAUACCCGUGCACCGGCUCCUCGUGCACAAGUCCAAACAGAAGCGAAUCAGAUUAUUCAGAAAGCCGUGGGGAUAGACUGUAUGGGUAUUCAGAAGUACCUUUAACCGUCCAAGGUUAUCCGCCAUCAGUUCUUUCAUCACAGCCGACGGACUCCGACCGCGGUCCUGGCCCUGGCUGGCCGUAUUAUCCGCAUUAUAUGACGCCGGCGUACGGGAACAACCCGUACGCCUAUUCGUACCCACAAGCGUACCCCGCUCCAAUAGACGAGCGGUUCUUGCAAUCUGUUCACUCUAGUGCGUAUUCUGGACUUGUACCCGCGCAGGGGACCGCGAUGGGUUAUGGGACUAGGUUUCCUCCCGCGGCACAGAGAACUGAGCAAGAAAGCCGAGAAACCCGUAACUCGGAGACAGGAAUAGGGACAGGGGCUGGUCCACAACAGAGGUAUGACUGUCAAAUGCAAAACAAUUGCCCCAGAACCGAAGCGUUUAGUAAUUCCCCUCCUUCUUACUCCACGCCAUUUAGCAGUCGGUCAGAAUCGUCUGCCUCGGAAGUUGAAGCCUUGAAUGAAGAAUAUGAAAGGAGGAGGUCGGUCGAAAGACGGCCGGGAUCAAAAUUUGACAGUUUGGUUGAAGCAACACAGCAGUUGGUUAAAGAAGAGAGUUACAAGGCGACGAAACCAAAGUCCGGACCUUCCUCGAAUCAAACACGGGAUCUGGCGCAGCAACCUUCAGUCAUAAUGCGUUGCCCACCAGAGCAGACAUACUCUGUAUUAGAACCAACGAGUCAGGCCCGUCUUAGUGCCCUCUCUUCCUGUCAAAAAUCCGCGACGCCAUUACAAACAGACAUGAGCAAUGGGUGUGCUAACGUUACAAAUGCUCGAGCAACAAAUCUCACAAAGGAUUUCCCUUACACGGUUGGUGCUAGUAGUAUGGACCCACAUGUCCUUGGGCUGAGGACGUUACAACACAAGGAGCUGUCUCCUAUGACGGAUAUGUAUAGCAACUGUCUCAAAUCGUACGAGUCCUAUGGACAAUAUGGCGGUGGUGGCUUUGGAGGAUCUCGGUCCUUCACAAUGGUUCCACAGGCAGGGUACACUAGCGUUAUAGUCGAUACGCAGCAAUACCAAAUGGCAAAUGGCUAUGUACACUGAAAUUGUUCUUUUUGAAUUUUUUGAGUCAAAUAUGGGAUAGAUGGCGUGUUCUCGGACUGAAAAUCCGUAAAAAUUUUGAGUAGGCGGGUUACAUCCUAUGAAUGGUAAUACACAUGAAAGAAAAGGAGUUCGAUCUUCACUUACAGAUUAACGCAUAAUGGGAAAUGUUUUCUUUAAGGUGAUCCAAUAAAACGACAAGGAUUCUUUCUUAGCAUAAAUGUUUUAUCGAUAUCGUCGUACUUUUAAGUCUUUCAAUUCCGAUGAACGAUGCAAUUGAACAAACACAUGGAUUGUAAUGCAUCACACUGCAAUAUUUCUUAGCCCAAAUACUAUGCUUAAAAUGCAGCACAAAAUAAGCAGCAUUAGACCAUUAUAUAAUACACAAGAGAAAAUGGUCACAAGUUUGCCUUAUGUAUAUUUUUUAUAAAAGCUCGGUGCAUAACUUGUUUUGUAAUUUUCAUAUAUUUAUGCACUGCAGUGUAACUCUAACAUUUGCUACACUGCAAUCGCGAUGAAAUACGGUAGUUUUGGAAUUAUCAAAAAGACAGUUCUUCUUUUCAAUGAGAAAAUCAAUUUCUUGCCAGAAAUUUGUAAAACGAAUUGUUAUUUAGCGGACCAACGUACAACGCAUGUAAAUGCAAUGGGCAUAAAAAGUGUCAGUCGUAUACACACGACUUAAAAUGAAUGUUUCAAUUAAAUGAUUAUGCACAGGGUACUAUGGUGCAUUAGAAAGGUUUUAAUUUCUUGCUCAAAUGAUAUUAUCAUUCCUCUUUUAUUUAAAUAUAUUAGGAAAAUAUAGCAUACAGGAAUUAAAAUUGUAUAUUAUAUAUAGAUAGGUGUCCAGAUAUUUGUCAGUGCAUAGAAGUUGUUUGAAUUGAAAUAAUGCAUUUCUUUGGUAGUCAGAUAUUUGUGAAAAUUGGUCUCUGGCUGCAUAUUUCAGAACCCACCAUUCUUUCUUUUUCAAAAGGGUGGGCAUUGUUAACUCAGUCUUGUCGAACAAUAAUGCUACUGUUAAGGCCUAACCUGAAAAUGGUGUCCACAACACAUGUUGUCAAUUGCAAAUAAAACGCAGGUUCAUAAAAUGGGUCACUAAUUCUUCGUAUAAAUGCGUAUGUAAUCUCUGGUCUUUCUGUGUUUCUUAGGUAACCCAGAAAUUUCUAUAUGCUAUAUGAUUCAUCUUUUGCGCAUGUAUCUAAAUGUGUGUCAGCGACUUGCAAUUUCACAUAUGCAUCAUAUUGUAACCAUUUAGAUAUUUGUAUGUCAACUAGGUUUUCGUAUUUUCAAGAUUUCAAAAUUAAAUAUUCUCUCUUUGUUGCAUUUUCUCAGAAUGAUACAAGAUUUACCAUAUUUGCAUUUAAGACGUUAUUGUUGAGCGUUUCAUACUUGAUACUUAUAAUGUUAUCAAUAUUGUGGAAGCACUUCUUUUCAAGUUAUAACCAAUAUCAGCGAUUUAUUCAUCUUACUGGGAAGAUGACUUCAUAGGACCCAUCUCUGAACAUUAGAUCUAUUCAAGAUUUAAUGUAUAUUAUUUGAAGGAAUCACUUUUAUUAUUUCAUAUGAAAACGCCUUUGGGAACUCAGAUCAUUUGAAGAUAUGGCCAAUGUCAAUGAUUGAUAAAUACAUAUAUGAAUGUAUGUAAGAGGAUCUCUAAUAGUGAAUUAAGUCAAGUAUGGUAUAUUUAGUUAUAUAGCAAUCAAAUAAUUAAGUUGUCCAUUCGUGCCAAUGUGAUGUUUAAGUGAUGGUAGUAGAAUCAGAUUGCGAUGCUGUGUAACACAACUAUUAUUAAUAGAUGAUUUUUAAGUCAUUAAAUGACUACGUAUUUGAUUCAAGAAAUGCCAUGCGACUUU